UCCUUCUUUUCCAUAAAACCUUCGUAAGGUUAAGUUGUAUUUUCAUUGCGCUCCGCAGGAAAAUUUUAUAAGUCCUUGAAAAAUGAGUGAAACUCUGCAAUUGCGCGGUACCCUUGUUGGCCACACCGGCUGGGUAACACAAAUCGCCACCAACCCAAAGGAUCCCGACACCAUCAUCUCGGCUUCUCGUGAUAAGACCCUUAUCGUCUGGAAAUUGACCCGCGAUGAGGACACCAACUACGGUUUCCCACAAAAGCGUUUGUACGGACACUCGCACUUCAUCAGCGAUGUUGUGCUCUCAUCCGAUGGUAACUACGCUCUGUCUGGCUCAUGGGACAAGACUUUGCGUUUGUGGGAUUUGGCUGCUGGCAAGACCACCCGUCGUUUUGAAGAUCACACCAAGGAUGUGCUCUCCGUAGCUUUCUCCGCUGACAAUCGUCAAAUUGUCUCCGGCUCUCGGGACAAGACCAUCAAGUUGUGGAACACUUUGGCCGAGUGCAAGUUCACCAUCCAGGAAGAUGGUCACAGCGAUUGGGUAUCUUGCGUACGUUUCUCGCCAAACCACUCCAACCCAAUCAUCGUGUCUUGCGGUUGGGAUCGCACCGUCAAAGUCUGGAACUUGGCUAACUGCAAGUUGAAGAACAACCACCACGGCCACAAUGGCUACUUGAACACCGUAACUGUCUCACCCGACGGUUCGCUCUGCACCUCCGGUGGCAAGGACUCCAAGGCCUUGUUGUGGGAUCUUAAUGACGGCAAGAACUUGUAUACUUUGGAACACAAUGACAUCAUCAAUGCUUUGUGCUUCUCACCCAACCGUUACUGGUUGUGCGUCGCCUAUGGUCCAUCCAUCAAGAUCUGGGAUUUGGCAUGCAAGAAGACCGUUGAGGAGCUCCGCCCCGAAGUUGUGUCGACCAGCUCCAAGGCCGAUCCACCACAAUGUUUGUCGUUGGCUUGGUCCACUGACGGCCAGACUUUGUUCGCUGGCUACUCUGACAAGACCAUUCGCGUAUGGCAAGUAUCCGUCUCUGCUCAUUAAGCUCAUGCUUGUGUAGCAGUUAAGGACGCUUAAUUGCAGUGGCAUUAUUUUUUUUUAAUUACAAAUUUCGUACGUACUGAAAAUAGUGUUGCCCAUACUGUUUGGGCAUUCAAGUUAGAAAUGUAUGCGAAAAGAAAAAUGUGUACUGUAUUUAAAAUGUUAAUUCAUUGAGCGCUGAUUUGUUUAUUAUAUAAGCAAAUAAAUAACAAGGAAAUGUCAAAAAAUCUAAAAAAAAAAUUAAAAUUGUAUAUUUUGUAUUAAUUUAGUGGUAUUUUAGUUUAAGACGUGAUUAUAUAGUAAAUAUAGGGUUAUUUAUAUAAUAA